AGGUUUGGUGCAGUUUUGGUGCAGAUGCACGACCCGAUCAUCACUCGUCAAAGACAGCUCGGUUUACAGCUUAGACGAUUAUGGCGAGCAAUGACUCAACAGAGGUCAUGCGGGGACAUUAGAUAAUGAUCGGCUUAGACGAUAAAUAUUGACAGAGACAGACAUGUUCCCUUGCGAGCCCACUUGGCGAUAUUGAAAUCGGCCGCGCACCUACUCCCUAGUGAGAAAACCGGCUUCAAGAGGAGAAAGAGCCGGGCGGACGGCUUAGCUAGAUACAGAAAGUGAGCAAGCAGGCGCGGUUCGGCCAUCGGAGGCAGAGGCCGUCGUCCUCUUCCUCGCUAGCUAGCGUGAUGGUUUUGCUCUUCUUGGCAGUGAAUUGUUGAGAGGUGUAAGGAGCUAGCAGCGAGCGGAUGAAAGAUUAGGUAGCUAGAUAGGUGGGAAGAAUCGAUAGACAGCGAGAGAUGAAGCUCCACUGGUCGGUGAGGUUCCUGUUCGGGCCCGUGCCGGUGUACUUCUCGGCGCUGGCCAUCCUCAUCGUGCUCACCAACGCGCAGUACUUCGGGCUCGUGGGCGUCGGCGUGGCGCCGCGCACGGCGAAGCUGGCCUCGUCGACGCCGGUGGUGAGCGUGAUGAAGUACUGCGACAUCUUCCGCGGGGAGUGGGUGCCGGACACGGAGGCGCCCUACUACAACCACAAGACGUGCCAAAUGAUCCAGGAGCACCAGAACUGCCUCAAGUACGGCCGGCCGGACCUCGGGUUCCUCAAGUGGCGGUGGCGCCCCUCGGGGUGCGAGCUGCCGCGCUUCGACCCCCUGCAGUUCCUGCAGUUCGUCCGCGGCAAGUCGCUCGCCUUCGUGGGGGACUCCUUGGCGCGCAACCACAUGCAGUCCCUGCUCUGCCUCCUCUCGCAGGUUGCGUAUCCCAAAGACCUGUCGGCGAACCCGUCGGACCAGAACAAGGUGUACCACUACAGGGCGUACAACUUCACCAUCAGCAUGUUCUGGUCGCCAUUCCUGGUGCGCGCGCGGGAGCCCGACCACGACGGCCCCGCGCACACAGGCCACUGGAGCCUCUACCUAGACGAGCCCGACGACACUUGGGUGUCCCAGAUCUCCCGGUUCGACUACGUGCUGGUGUCCGCGGCGAACUGGUUCUCCCGCCCCUCGCUCUUCUACGAAAAGCGCCGCCUGAUCGGGUGCAGCUUCUGCAGCCGGCAGUACGGCGUCCCGGACCUGACGCUCUACUACUCGCAACGCCGCGCGUGGCGCGUGGCGCUGCGGGCGAUCAACGCGCUGGACGACCUCCGGGGCAUGGUCAUCGUGCGCAUGCUGUCCCCGAUGUCGCACUUCGAGAACGGGACGUGGGACCAGGGCGGCAACUGCAAGCGCACGCAGCCGCUCCGGGGCAACGAGACCACGAUGGAGGGCCGCGACCUGCACUUCUACAACGCGCAGAUGGAGGAGUACCGCGCGGCGGCGAAAGCCGCGCAGGAGAAGGGCCGGCGGCUGUUGCUGAUGGACGCGACGGCGGCGAUGCUGAUGCGGCCGGACGGGCACCCGAGCCGGUACGGGCACUGGCCCAACGAGAAGGUGCAGCUCUACAACGACUGCAUCCACUGGUGCCUGCCCGGGCCCAUCGACAUCUGGAACGACAUGCUCUUCCAGAUGCUCCUCGCCUGAGAUAAUCCACCCAUCGCCCGCCUGUAACCGUGCACAGAUUUGUGGUUACAAUUUUGACAAGGAUUCGUUCCCGAAAGACUAGAUCCGCUUUUCGCUUUUUUAUCUUCUCUUUCCUCGUGGUCGUGUCGUGGGUUCGGUUCGGUUGUCGAUCGACGUGAAUUUUUUUAUCGAUUGGCGCCGUUAAAAGUGUUAGGAACAUAAAGUUUUUAAUCGGACGUGGAUUUAUCUCGAUCUUUGAAAGAUUUAAUUUUAAUUUUUAGGAUUUUUAACAUUAUGUAUACGAGACAGAAUCUCUCAUUGUAAAUAUAGAUGAAUAAAAAAUAAACACCUUUCUCCUA